GCGGUCGGUGCUUGCGCAGAGCCGCCUCCUCUCCGCCCCCGCCCCGCCUCCCCCCGCGCCGCCGCCGCCCGCGACCGCCGUCGCCGCUGCGCCUGCUGCUCCUUGCCGUCCCCGCUGCAGUGCGAAGGGCUCGAAGAUGGCCGGUUGGCAGAGCUACGUGGAUAACCUGAUGUGCGAUGGCUGCUGCCAGGAGGCCGCCAUUGUCGGCUACUGCGACGCCAAAUACGUCUGGGCAGCCACGGCCGGGGGCGUCUUCCAGAGCAUUACGCCAGUAGAAAUAGAUAUGAUUGUAGGAAAAGACCGGGAAGGUUUCUUUACCAAUGGUUUGACUCUUGGCGCAAAGAAGUGCUCAGUGAUCAGAGAUAGCCUAUACGUGGACGGUGACUGCACAAUGGACAUCCGGACAAAGAGUCAAGGUGGGGAGCCAACGUACAACGUGGCCGUGGGCAGAGCUGGUAGAGUCUUGGUCUUUGUAAUGGGAAAAGAAGGGGUCCAUGGAGGCGGAUUGAAUAAGAAGGCAUACUCAAUGGCAAAAUACUUGAGAGACUCUGGGUUCUAGCUGCUAGGCAGACUGUUAAGUAUUAGGGGAAAAUUGCUCUUAAACUUUCCUAGCUGUAAGCUUGAGUCUUAAUUCUGGAAAUUUUAUUAGCAAUGCAGGGUGAUGGGGUAUGAACCUGUGUCUCCUUUGUAUCCCUCUGUUGGUGGGGAAAGGUGUCUUUCUUUCUGCUCCCCCCCCCCUUAAAUAAUUCUGUUCACUUUUGUUUUGUUUCCUUGUGUACUCCAGCAUUGGUUAUAGUCAUGGGAAAGGAAGGUGUCCACGGAGGCACACUUAACAAGAAAGCAUAUGAACUCGCUUUAUACCUGAGGAGGUCUGAUGUGUAAGCAGCCUCUCCCCAUCUUCCUAGCAACUGUCUUCAUCAUCACCCCAAUUAUGGUCGCAGAGCUACCAGAUUAUAGAUGGUAGCUAAUUUUCCUUUGCCUAUUUUCUAAUGUCACAAUUCCUGUUUGCCCAGUGGAUCAUUUGUAUGUUAACCACUGUAUGUAACCAACCUUAUCUGGCAACAUAAUUGCAGCACAAUAAUGAUUUGCAUGAUACCUUGAAAUUUGGGGGGAGGGGCAUGCCAAGUUGGGCAUCACUUUGUCUUAGCAAUUAAUGGGAUAUUGAUUACUAAAAUAAGUUAAUAUUAAGCAAGGUGCCGGUUGUACAAUCUCUAAUUUGAUCAAUGUCUUUCAGCACUUUGAGCAUUUACUUAGCUCAUCUAGUCUUCCUUUCAUAGCGCAUGGUUGGGAGGAAAAAGUGCAUGUAUCUUUCCUUCACUCCUCUUUUCCCACCCCCUCCCUUUGCACAUAGGUAUUUGGUUUGCUUCCAUCUUCUUUUAUACAGUGCCUGGUUUAUUUAACCAAUUAAUAUCACUUUUGUUGAUGAGCUAUUGAGAGCUGCAGUAGUUUGCUUUUAGUAUUGUUGUUGCACUUGAGUAGAGACAAACCUUUUAUCAUAGUGUCCACAGGACAUAUGACAAGUGCAACUGCAAAACAAGAGCAAAAUGCACUUCCUCCCAUGACCUUACAGUAACCAUACUGAUUGAAUCCCAAGGGACAUUCCAUCUUUGCAAUAGCUCAGAUUUUUGUUCCUGUCUUUUUCUUUGCACACCAACUCUACUCUUUAGUAAAAUUGUAAAAGGCUGCCAUUAUGGACAUUAGGUAUCCCAACAUAACCAUCUGGAGUGUGUCCAGUUUGUUCUUCAUAGGACCAACUUUUAUUUGCAGCUUGAGUUUUUAUAUGAAGUUGCAUUAUUGUGGACUUGGCUGUCUUGUGAUGAAUUUUUCUCAUAUGUAUUCUGUGCCAUACUAUUGUUAAAAUGAACUGUUGCUAUUGUGAGAUGGAUUUUAACUGACCUAUUAAAGGUUUCUUUCGAAUGGCACUACCUUAGGGACAUUCUAGUAUUUGCUUCUAUUGUUUGGGCCUUGUGGAUAAUGUACAGAUUUAAAAACAAAUCUUGUUGCUGAUUUGUCCAUUUCUUUCCCUGCACUUUGUUACAUCUGGGAUACAGUCUAACUCAUCUGAUUUAAUAUGCAUUUAAAAAAAUGCCAUAACUAUUAAACACCUUGUUUACAGACAGAUGAAAUAAAUUUAUUCCAACCAAA